AUGUUUGACUGGUUAAUGGGUCAUAUUUUGUUCUUCACUCCCCUCGUCCUCAUUCAAGAAAAACCUUUGCUCCCACCAAAUUUCCCGUCGAUGACAAUAUUCGUCGCAAUCAAAGUUCACUUCCAAGGUGUGUUCAUCAACAUGCAUUUUUGCUACUCUGAUGAUAUUUCUCAUAUGUUCAAGAAUAUCGAUUUUGCUGGUAUUCUCUGA